GAAUGUCCUACUGUUCGGAACUUGUUGCAGCGAUACAUGCUUCAGCCUGCCAGAGAUCAGUCCUCAAAUGGAGCCACCCUUUUAGCUGUACUGCCAAUUCACAAACGAGGAACAGACCCUUAUUUAUGUGGACAUCUUGACAUUGGUGUAUUCUACAAUGCCCUUGCCUUUAUUUUUACAUUAGAUAAAUACUUUCCCACUACUAAGUACAAACUGCGUGGUCUAGUUGUCGACAGUUGUUCAAACAAUUUGAGAGUAGAUCAGGAUCUUUACAGUUUGUUUUCACGUGGACGGUUGUGCAAUACAGAGUUUUCAUUUGAUGGAGAGAUAAGCAACAAGACCCUUGCCGGUGUUAUAACUAGUACCUCUGAUCAUGUUAUGGCAGCAAACCGCGUCCUAGCCCCACUAAGAGUACCUAUUAUAAGCAAUAGCGCAACUUCUACUGCACUCAGUGAUAAAGAGAAAUAUCCAUAUUUUGCUAGAACCGUUCCACCAGACAACUUUCAAAUGGACGUAAUCGCUAGAAUUCUAAAAAAUAAAAACUGGAAUUCAGCUUCUGUCAUCUACAGCAGUGAUACUUAUGGAAGAACUCUAUUCGAGUAUUUCUUAACCAGAACAAGCGCCUUGCAAACAUGUGCUGGGGCUCAAAUAGCUGUUCCCUAUCCAGCAACUUUAGAACAAGCAAAGGAUGCAAUAAGAUAUAUCGAAAGCGACUCGAAGUCUAAAGUGAUUGUUCUCAUAUCAACUGAUCCAAAGAUUGUUUUACAAGCUGCUAAAGAUCUAAAUGUGCUGGACAAGUAUGUAUGGAUUGGAACAGACACAUGGGGUGCUAGCCUUGAAGUUGUCAGUGGAAUGGAGGGGGACCUUUUGGGAUCAAUCACGGUGGAGCCAAGAUCAACUCCCGUUGAAGAGUUUGCCAAAUAUGUCAGUGAGUUGACAUUCAAUGAACGUAAAGGGAUUCCUGAUGAUUGGUUUGAAGAGUUUUACCAGAUGUUCCACAAAUGUAACAUUCAAUCUGCGAAAGUUAACUUUCCACAAUACAGUGCUUGUACUGGAAGUGAAACUAUAGCUGACUGGGCCAGGAUAGAUUUUCAGCCUUAUGUCCUGAAUACCAUUGCAGCCACUUAUGCUUACGCUAAAGCCAUCGACGUAGUGUCCAAUGGCAGAUGUCUAUCCACGGCUUCCUUUGAGGAAUGUUUCAGAGUAGACGAUUCUUGGAAUGAACUAUUUAGCAGAAUUCUGAAUGUCGAAUGGAAUAUCCAGAAUAGUUUAAAAUUGAGUCGUUCUUUCAUCUUGAAAUUUAAUAACGAUCGUUUCUGGGACGUUGGCUAUAAUAUCAAAACAUUGUCCACUUCUACGGGAUACCAAGAUAUUGGUAGCUUGAUCAGCGAUAGUUUCCAGUUCUCAUCAAACUACGACAACAAUAAGGGAAAUAACUGGUCGCCUUGUCGAAGCACUGCAGUUUGUGACUGUUUAGCCCCAGUUGUGAGUGCGCAGACAGGCAACGAUACACUAAGACGUGUCAAAGCAUCGGAACCUAGGAACUAUCUAUUUUAUAACAUUAUGAACACUACAAUUAACAAUCAAUUUGUGCCCAUCUAUGAUUUAACCUACAAGUGGCCAAUUUGGGCAAUAGCUGUAGCAGUUCCUACCUGUGUCGGAUUGUUUAUCACCUUUUUCCUCUUUUUAUACCUUCUAAUUUUCUACGAAAUCAGGGGAGGCACUACCAUACUGGGAUUUAUGACGAUGCUUGGAAUUCUUGGAAUCUAUGCCAUCAAUUUCGCCUUCUUUCUUCCAGCUGCAACAGAUACAUGUGGAGCUAGACAGUUUUGCAUGGGAGUGGUAUAUGCAAUCGUAUUUGCUGCUCUUCUUGUCAAAGCAGUCGACAACUGGCGAUUUGGCGAGAACGUCGAUUACUUCAACCAACAGCAAAUAAAUGAAAAAUACAAAGGAAUCACGGGUACCGGGGUAUUACUCUUAAUUGCUUUGGGAAUAGUCUGUGUGCAGUUAAUCAUACCCAUUCAAUGGCUGGUACAUCGUCCUCCCUCUGCAAGUUUGAUGACUGAUGCGACAGAGAUACACGACUGGAUGAUGUGCGAUCCACAUGACAUGUACGACAAAGCGUUGGUGAUGUCCAUGAUAUUUGUCAUGUUUUUAGUUUUGCUUACUGCCAUAUUUUCCGCCAUGGCAUGGGACAGUGAUAACAACAACUACGAAUCACGUUGGAUUCUGGUCUCCAGUGUGUGCACAGCCGGCUGCUUCAUGGUGUGGAUGAUCGUCAUAACGAACGCGUCACCGCCAUAUCGUGACGCUGCGGUAGCACUAGGUAACUUCUUUAACGCCACCGCCAUUUUGAUUUUCACCAUCAUCCGAAAAGUGGUGAUCAUGUUGUGGCCACGUUCGGAGGAAAUGGAGGAGGAGAAACCUGGAUCAAUUAUUGACGAGAGGGCAAACGAUGUGUAUUCCACUGUUUAUUCAAAUCCGGGCUAUGACAACGAUGAUGCAGUCUUCCAGCCGUCUUCACCGAGACAGAGUGAACUUGACAACGGAGACGUGGGAUUUUAAUCAGAAAACAGACAAA